CGGUGGAGCGGGUCUGACUGGACGGUUCCGGAGACUGAGCCGCUCGCUGCAGCUUGGCCUUACGAGGACAGAGCCGAGUAGGGCUGAAGGCCCAGGACCUGCAGGAGAAGGUUGCCAUGGCUGCUGUUGACAGCUUCUACCUCUUGUACAGGGAGAUUGCCCGGUCUUGCAACUGCUAUAUGGAAGCUCUGGCUUUGGUAGGAGCCUGGUAUACAGCCAGGAAAAGCAUCACCGUCAUCUGUGACUUCUACAGUCUGAUCCGGCUGCACUUCAUUCCGCGCCUGGGGAGCAGGGCAGACCUGAUCAAGCAGUAUGGCAGAUGGGCCGUCGUCAGUGGUGCAACAGAUGGGAUUGGAAAAGCCUAUGCAGAAGAGCUAGCGAGCCAAGGCCUCAACAUCACCCUUAUCAGUCGCAAUGAAGAGAAGCUGCAGAUGGUUGCCAGACACAUCGCAGACACCUACAAAGUGGAGACCGAUGUCAUAGUCGCUGACUUCAGCCAAGGCCGUGAGAUCUACGCUCCAAUUCGAGAAGCCCUGAGAGACAAGGAAAUUGGCAUCUUGGUCAACAACGUGGGCGUGUUUUAUCCCCACCCUCAGUAUUUCACCCAGCUCUCCGAGGACAAGCUCUGGGACAUUGUGAAUGUGAACAUUGCCGCUGCUAGUUUGAUGGUCCACAUAGUGCUGCCAGGGAUGGUGGAGAGGAAGAAAGGCGCCAUCGUCACCAUCUCCUCUGGCUCCUGCUGCAAGCCCACUCCCCAGCUGGCUGCUUUUUCUGCUUCCAAGGCUUACUUAGACCACUUCAGCAGGGCAUUGCAGUAUGAGUAUGCAUCUAAGGGGAUCUUCGUGCAGAGUCUGAUCCCGUUCUACGUGGCUACUAACAUGACGGCACCCAGCAGCUUUCUGCACAGAUGCCCGUGGCUGGUGCCUUCGCCAAGAGUCUACGCACACCAUGCCGUGUCUACCCUGGGGAUUUCGAAAAGGACCACAGGCUACUGGUCCCACUCUAUUCAGUUUCUUUUUGCACAGUACAUGCCUGAAUGGCUCUGGGUGUGGGGAGCAAACCUGCUCAACCGCUCCCUACGUAAAGAGGCCUUAUCCCGCAUAGCCUGAGCCGGGAUCAUCCAGGAGAAGUUUGCCAACUCAAAGUAACCUGCAGUAUUCUGGCCCUUGGAGACACACAUUUAAUUUACCUUAUGUGUUUUCAUUUAUUACUGAUUGUCUAGCACACUGUUGAUUCAUCAUUUGCAAGGCAGACUUUCAGAGAGUGCUGUGAAAAAUCCUUCAAGGGCCACAGCGGUGGCACAGAGCAAACGGGAUCAAGAGCCACGGUGAAUGAACUGAUGGGAGAGACCGCAGUGCGGUGCUUUUUGUUCCAUGAUGUUCAACAGUUGUGUGAUUUACGUCCUUCUAGGAGCCACAGCAAUCUAACACAAUAUGAUUUGGCAGCUCUUCUAAC